CUUCGCCCGUCCGCUGUCCGGUGAGCUUCCUGUGCUUCUCCUACCUGGCUACCUCCUCCGCCGGGCGUCUUGCUGACUUUUUCCUCCGGAACGCUUCCCUAGCAUGGUGUUUGGGUCGGAAGAACCUAGGAGACUGAGAAUCCCGCCCCCUUCAUCCUCCCAGCUCAUCAGUGUCUUAGCCUCAUAAGACACGCCCUCGAUGGCUCCGCCGCAAACGCCUAGGCCGAAUCCCGGUUCCACCAUGUCCGAUCUUGCGUCGACCUCCAUCCCUGCACACACCACAAAUGGCGAGGCCCAUGCGCCCAACGACCGCGCCCAACUUCCCUUAUCAGACUCCAAGCCCAUGUCGGUAAACCGCAAGAAGCAAAAACGCAGACAAAAACAGGCGGCCCGCUUGGCAGCGGAUCGUAAGGUCGGAAAUGGACAUGCCGCCGCGGAGAUCACCUCACCGAACGGUUUAAGCCCUACCACGCCGGAGAGUCCUGGAUCCGACGAUCAUGAUAUCGAGGAGGUCGCUCCCAACGGCGACACGCACUACGAGCAGACACAUGACGCGACGCAUGGACAAACCCAUCCUCCGGAUCGGUCCAACGGGCAACCCGGCCAUCCAGCAUCCACGACUUCGAAAUCCAAGAAGAAAAAAGGCAAAAAGGGUCAGACAGGCUCCCAACCGCUGGGCGAUGAAAGCUCCACCCCGCUGUCCACUCCCUCGGUCUCCAUGUCACACCCUCUGCCCCCGCCGUUACCGCCGCAUCUCGGACCUCAUACGAUUCUGAAAUCUAGCAAGGACCGCAGCAUCUGGAAUACGUCCACGCAAGAAGAGCGCGAGAACAUCAAGACGUUCUGGCUCGAGCUGGGUGAGGAGGAGCGACGACAGCUGGUCAAGGUCGAAAAGGAUGCGGUCUUGAAAAAGAUGAAGGAGCAGCAGAAACACUCGUGCAGCUGUACCGUGUGUGGGAGGAAGCGGACUGCGAUCGAAGAGGAAUUGGAGGUGCUGUAUGAUGCUUACUACGAGGAGCUGGAGCAAUACGCGAACAACAACCAUGGCUCGUUCGAGAAGGGCCCGCCGAUGAUCCCGCCUCCUCGUCUAUACCACCCGCCUCUACGGUCGCCCGGUCAGCAUACACGGACACAAGGUCAAUUUCACCCCUCUCGGGGCCGGAUCCAUGAGGUGCAGGAAGACGAUGAAGACCUGGAAGAAGAAGAAGACUACGAUGAGGAGGAUGAGGAGGAUGAUGAGCCAUACAGCGAUGACGACGAAUAUGAAGAUGAAGAAACCCGAGCCGCCCGUGCGGAUUUCUUCGCCUUUGGAAAUAGUCUAACUGUCAAAGAUGGCAUCCUAACCGUUGCGGACGAUCUGUUAAAGAACGACGGGAAACAUUUCAUUGACAUGAUGGAGCAAUUAGCUGAGCGUCGAAUGCAGCGGGAAGAGGAUACCCAAUACGGGAUUGCUGCAGCCCACCAAUCCCUCCAUAGCGGUCAUAAUCACGGUCCCCUUGAUGAUGAUGAUUAUGAUGAGGAGGAGGAUGAGGACUACGAUAGUCAGGAGGAUGAAGAAUAUGAGGAAGAUGAAAUGGUCAGCUCCGGGAACUGGCCGGGUGGUGAUGCCGUGCAAGCUGACACGUUUCUGCAGGACGCCAUGACGGAAGAGCAACGCAUGGAGGAAGGUCGGCGCAUGUUCCAAAUCUUUGCGGCCCGGAUGUUCGAACAGCGCGUCUUGACAGCCUAUCGGGAAAAGGUCGCCGAGCAACGCCAGCAGAAGCUGAUCGAAGAGCUCAUGGAGGAACAAACGCGGAAUGAACAACGAAAUGCCAAGAAGGCUCGUGAAGCGCAGAAGCGAAAGGACAGGAAGAAGCUUCAGAAGCAGGCCAAAGAGGAAGAGAAGGCGCGGAAGGAGGCGGAGAAGGCGGCCGAGGAGGCUGCAGCCAAAGCCGAGCAAGAGAAGAAGCUGGAAGAGCAGAAGAAGAAACGGGAAGAGCAAAGAAAGAAGCGCGAGGCCGAGCGAAAGGCCCAGGAAGCGGAGCGGGUUCGCAAAGAGGCCGAGAAGCAAAAACGACUGCGUGAAGAGAGAGAGCGACAAGCGGAGCUUGAAAGAAGGCAGCGUGAGCAGAAGGAGCUAGAGAAGAAGCGACGAGAGGAAGCACGGCAAAAAGAGGAACGCGAGCGAGAGCGCAAGGCCAGGGAUGAGCAGAACCGGAGAGAUCGCGAGGCCGCCACCAAGCCUGAGCACGACGGGCAAAAACGAGUAUCGCAUGCAGGGCCGGUUCCUAUCCCCGCCAAUCUGCAUCACCACGCCCAGGGCCUUCUGGCACAUUUCCAGUCGCCGCACUUUCAAGUCGCUACGCCUGUCGUCCCCAAGGCUCCGACUCCUGCCAGACCGCGGCAACCAUCCCAGCAGGGCUCCCACACGUCGUCUCCACGGUCCCAGCCGGCCAGCACGGAGCCAUCGCAGGUCUCAAUUUCUCCGCGAUCGAUGGCGCCUUCCCAGUCGUCUGGCGCAUCGAGCGUCACCUCAAAGCAAGGCCAUGGGCAGCCGCCGUUACUUCACCACCCACAGCCAUCGACACCAUUGUCUCCCCUGGGCGCAUUGAACAGAUCUCAUCCCCCUGGGUUCUCCCCGUCCAAUCCGCCUGGGCUGGGUCUGGUCUCACGUCCACCCAUUGGUCAUGAGUUGCCCUCCUACCCGCCUCAUUCCGGGCCUCUGAUGAACCAGCUGCGAGGGUUCCCGGCGCCAAAUGGUCUCCCUGUGCUUCCAGGCAUGAACGGAACUCGUCCGAUUCCACCCGGAAGGGGCUUCCCGCUCGAUCCAGGACACGGCCUGUCAUUCCACCACCAGCCCAUAGCCAACGUCUUCUCUGCACAGCCAAGUGGACUGUCCCAUGCGCAUUCCAGGCAGCCGUCCAGCUCGUUUGAGCGGUCCCCUCUUGACGCGCAUGCAUUCCCGAUCGCCCGGCCCAGCCCUAUCAAACGUCCGUCAAGCACCCAACAAGACCAGAACAACCGCCCCGGGCGGCGCGAUGUGGAUGACCUGAGUGCGCAUCUGGGUAGCAGUGCUCUUCUGGAUGACACUGAUGUUCCCUUCACCUCCAAUCUCUCCCAGUCUCUCCCUGGCGCGACUGCUCCGGGGUCCUUGCCUGGUCCGGCCCGAGCUAGCUUUGCAGGCACGUCCUUGUUCACAGACCCUCUUGCGAAGCACAGUGGUUUCCCCAUCGGGCAAAGCAUCGGGAGCAACACAUGGGGUGCGCAACUUCCCUUCGGUGCCUCUCCCUUCCCCAGCGCUCCGACAUGGGGAGCCGGACCUGGGAGUGGCUGGUCCACCAACGCAUUCGCCCCAGGAGGUCACCAUCGUGCUCACGCCUCCCGGCCCGUGACGAUACGACUUCUGGUCAUCCAGGCCUGCAAGCAACUCAACACGAUGAGCCCGUCCAAGGGAGCAAGCGGAUACCACGAUGUGAAAGUUGUCCUCCGGCAGGUUGACCAGCUACGGCCGGCCACUGAGUCCCCCAUCUCCCUGAAGGAAAUGCUGGACAUCUGUGACACGGAAGGCAACACCCAAAACGGAGGCGGAUCGUUCUCGAUCAAGAGUGACGAGACGGGUGAAUAUGUCAAGUUCGAGCCCGAUACCAACAGUGCCUCCUCAGGCCACAGAGGUAGCAUUGUUCCCGGUGAAAUCGGCAGCCCCGUCCCCAGCAGCAGUCUGCCAGCGUUUGGCGGGAUCGGCACGUCAACUCCUUCAGUACUACGGCAGUUCUCUUCUCCUACGGGCUUCUAGCCACAGACCUAUCACUUAUGACACUUUCUUCCCCCACGCCUGAGAACGGACGCAUCUCCUCUACUCCAGUACCCAUCCUUUCCCUUCAAUCUUCCCAUCCAUCCCAGCGUCCCAUCAUGCCGUGGGGCCAUUUUACUCGUCUUCUUCCUCGUCUUAUGCUCAUUCUUCAUCCGAAUAUCUGCCUACGCGCUACCGCGACCUGGCCCCUCAUAUCCUAUCCUCCUCUUCUGCGUCUGAUAGGUUCCAUGUUUCCUGGCUCUCUCCAUGUUCGAGUUCCAUUGCC